GCUCAUCAAAAGAUGAAAGGACAAGACUUACUGUCACAGCGACAAAAAACCCAUUGGAGGCAAUGAGGACGUUGCGCGAGGAAAAUAAUUAUGACAUGGUAGUUAUGAGUCUACACAUGCAGGAGGUGAACGGGAUGGAAUUUCAAAGACAAGUUGUUCGAGAACUCAAGAUUCCUGUAAUCGUAAUGUCAGCUGAUGACAAUCAACAUUUGAUGCUCAAGACUUUAGAGGAU